GGGUAGCCUAGAUUGGGGGAGCAUGUUCAGGGUGGUAAUCUUCCAUAAAUACCCCUCCUCCACUACCGGUGCAAGUUCCAACAAUAACGACGAAAGACACUCUCAAAUGUGACGCCAAACAACACGAUCUCCAUUAUUCUUAUAUCACCUCUUUCGCAACGGUUAUAAUAACUUACAAUGGGAAGAUCCACUCCUUCUUGCUUCAAAAUCAUCUCAUGUGCUGGUAGCAAUGAAGCCGCUGUUGAUCCAGAUCAUAUUCAUGUUUCUUCUGAGAACAAGAGUCCUGAUAAACGAGGAUGGAGUUUUAGGAAACGAUCAGGCAGGCAUCGGGUGCUGAGCAACACCGUAGUUACCGAAAAAAUAACUUCUUCGGAUAACAAACCGAUCUCUGAACCGAUAUCCAUCAGUUCUGAGCCACAAAUCAAUUCCAAUAUAUCUGAAAAAACUUGUGACAGUAUAUGGACAGAAGAGAUACCGACUUCAGUUACCAAAAAUGCUACGGUUUCAACUGUGGAUCAUACCAAAUCUGCUUGUGAAGAAGAUGAUAUUAAAUGUGAAUCUGUUCCCGAUAGAUCUGAAUCGGCUGUUCUUGUCAUCCAAGCUGCUGUUAGAAGAUUCUUGGCUGAGAGACAACUGGUAAAACAUAAGAAUGUGGUCAAACUGCAAGCUGCCAUGAGAGGACAUUUGGUCAGAAAUCAUGCUGUUGGAACUUUACGUUGCGUUCAAGCCAUUGUUAAAAUGCAAGCUCUUGUUCGUGCGCGUAGACAGAAGGGAGUGCAAAAUGCAGGAAUUGAUUUAGGACCAAAGUAUAUUUCCAUUGAGAAGCUAUUAAGUAACCGACUUGCUUGCCAGCUACUGGAAUCUACACCAAAGACGAAGCAAAUUAACAUCAAAUGUGAUCCGUUAAAAUCUGAUUCCGCUUGGAAUUGGUUGGAGAGAUGGAUGUCUGUGUCUUCACCAGACGUUUUGGAGUCACACGCCCGAGAACAUGAUCAGGACAAAGUUGUAAUUAACUCCAAAAAUGCGGUUGAGACUGUAGCUACCGCUGAUGUUGAGGAACUAAUGGUCCCAUCUGAAGAAAAAGAGAACUUGAUUCACAUUGAAGAAAGUUUCAUUGUAAAAGCCCAUGAAGACGAGAAGCCAGUAACGGAAUCAAUUGAGAAACCUGAUUCUCUACCAAAUGAACCGAUGGAUCUGAAUACCGAACCUCAGAUUGAGGUAAAUCCCAUCCCCCAGAAUCCCGUAUCAGAAACCGAACUCAAACCGAUUCCUGAGAAUCCCGUAUCUGUAACCAAACCUGAACCGAUUCCUGAGAAUCCCGUAUCAGAAACCAAACCCGAACCCGAACUGAUUCCUGAGAAUCCCGUAUCAGAAACCAAACCCGAAACCGAACUGAUUCCUGAGAAUCCCGUAUCAGAAACCAAACCCGAACCGAUUCCUGAGAAUCCUGUAUCAGAAACCAAACCCAAACUGAUUCCUGAGAAUCCUGUAUCGGAAAUGGAACCGAAACGCGCAGCAAAACGUGUAGCCACUGACCAACCAGAUUCAGAGGGAAGAAAGUCUGUGUUCGGAUCCCGAAAAGCAAGUAAUCCAGCGUUUAUUGCUGCUCAGUCAAGAUUUGAGGAGUUGACUUCUAUGACCAAACCGUUAAAACCAGCCAAUUCUUCUAAUCAAGAUGAUGUGUCAGGUUCAGGUUCGGGUUCGGGUUCCUCUAAUCCGUUGAAAUCAGCCAGUGCUAAUCAGGAUGAUGAUGUGGCAGGUUCGAGUUCGCCUGCAGAUAUCAGUUCUUCUGCACGUGAAAACGUAACCCUGGUGCGAGAUGUUGACCCGGAUGAGCACUUGGUUUCGCAUGGUUCAAUAGCGGUUCGGAUUGGUGGCUCAGAAUGUGGAACCGAGCUGUCAGUCACAUCCACACUUGACUCACCAGAUCAAUUUGAAGUUAAAAUUGAGAAACCCGAGGAACCGAAAAUCGUAAAUGAAGCAGCCGGUAACGAUAUUAACAGCAACAUAGAGAUUGUUAUGCCUGAAAAACAAGUUGACCAAAAGCUCAAUGACACUGAAAUUGAGUUGGAACCCGAACAGGAACCCGAGUCUAGCCAGCCCGAGCAUGAACACAAGUCUAACGAGCAUGAACUGGCUCCACAAAUAUCUGCAUCGGGAUCUCCAAGAAGCCACAUAACAAUCCCCGAAUCACAAGGAACACCAUCUAGCCAGGUGUCAACCAACACAAAGAAGUCAAAAAGCGAUAAAAAGUCAACGAGUCAAAAACGGAAGUCCUGGUCAACUAGUAAAAAGUCUAGUGUUGACUCUGGCCCAAGAGCUAGUUUGGAGCAGCUGCCUAAAGACACAAAACCCGGAAAACGAAGAAACUCUUUCGGGUCACCGAAACCCGACCACGUUGACCAUGAAGUGUCGGUCCCGAGUUACAUGCAGGCGACAGAAUCCGCAAGAGCAAAAGCGAUUGCUAAUAGCUCACCAGCAUUGAGCCCAGAUGUGCAUGAUAAGGAAACUUAUUUGAAAAAGCGACACUCGUUGCCGGGUGCGGUUAACGGUCGGCAAGGCUCGCCGCGUAUCCAGCGGUCAAUGUCGCAGGCGUUACAAGCUACAAAAGGAAAUGGCAACCAAGAGAGGAAAUGGCAGAGGUAAAGUUGUAAAGGAGCAAACACCCAAAAAAGUGAGAGAUUGGGCCAAUAAUAAGCUAGGGCUUGUGGGUGUCUUUUUUUUUUUUUUAAUAUAUUUAUAUUAUUAUUUCUUUUUCUUUUACUAUUUGGAUUGUUUUAUAUCAACAUCAUGAACAAUUGUCUGUUUGUGUGUAUUUGUUUGAAACAGGGUUUGUUUUUUUUUUCUUUUUUAUUUUAUAAACAUGAUAUAUAAUAUUAAGGAUUUCAGCUUUCUGAUUUAUAUAGAUUUAAAUAGAUUUA